UGAAGAUAAGAACGUGUGAGCAAAACAGUGACCGAGACAACAAUGUCCAACUCAGAGAGCAGUAGCACAGGUUCGAGAUGGUCUCUCAAGGGAACCACUGCGCUCGUUACUGGAGGAACACGUGGAAUUGGGCACGCUGUGGUGGAGGAACUUGCGGAGUUUGGUGCCAGUGUGUACACUUGUUCUAGGAAUGAAGAUGAGCUGAAUGCGUGCUUGAAGGAGUGGAAAAAGAAGGGGUUUUCGGUUUCUGGGUCUGUUUGUGAUGCCUCUUCUCCACCUCAAAGGGAGAACCUCAUUCAACAAGUGACUUCUACCUUCAAUGGCAAGCUCAACAUUCUUGUAAAUAAUGUCGGAACAAAUGUGCGGAAGCCAACAAUUGAGUAUACAGCUGAAGAAUAUUCAAAAUUGAUGACAACCAACUUGGACUCUGCAUACCAUCUGAGCCAACUUACAUACUCUCUUCUUAAAGCAUCUGGAAAUGGAAGCAUCGUCUUCAUUUCCUCUGUUGCAAGUCUGACAAGCGUAGGUUCUGGAACCAUUUAUGCAGCAACUAAAGGUGACUUGAUGUAUAACUGUCAUCUCUGGUUCUUACAUGAUAGAUUACAAACUAUUUUCAAAUAUAUUGACAAAACAGAUUUAACAUUGCCAUUUUCGUCAGCUGCAAUCAAUCACCUUACCAAAUAUCUUGCUUGUGAAUGGGCCAAAGACAACAUAAGAAGUAACUGUGUUGCACCCUGGUAUACCAAAACGCCACUUGCGGAACCUAUGCUUGCUAAAAAAGAGUUUGUGAAUGAGGUAUUAUCUCGAACACCAAUAAAGCGAAUUGCAGAAACACAUGAAGUGUCAUCCUUGGUCACUUUCCUCUGCCUGCCAGCGGCGUCCUACAUCACUGGGCAGAUUGUUUCAGUUGAUGGAGGAUUCACUGCCAAUGGAUUUCAACCCAGCAUGAUUUCUUAAAGCAAAUUUGUCAUUUCAAUUUUGGACAAAACUUAGGUGUUGUUUUAAUAAAAUAUUUAUAUUUAAUAUCAUUGGAAAUUACUUAGGUAAAACUUUAAUUUAGACCGAAAAACAUCACCUUAGUUUUGUCCUUUAAUUUUCUGUAUUAUGGAUAUGUACAAGGUGCAACACUGAAUUCAGGGUUGUUAUGGUGACCACUUUAAGUUUUGGACCAUCCAUAAUCUAGUAAUUUUAAUUGG